GUUCUUAAAAUUUCUAAUCAGCUCUCGAAAUGGCGGCAGUUUCUCCAAAUUUCGAUGCGGAAGCACUAAAAUUGCGUACAGUGAUUUUGAAUGCCCGGAAACCGCUUGUGCUACGUAAUUUUAAAAUGAACUGGAAAUGUUUUGAUCAAACCAUAGAAGGUUGGUGUUCACAACACGACGACGAGGUUAAUUCGCCUAUUGAAUUUGAGAUAAUGGCCUACAGCCGAGGCAAUCCAACGCCGCAUUGGGAACGGAACAGAAAAUCCAUUCAUAUGACAUUAAAAGAGUUUUUAGAAAAACAAAAAACAACAAAAUCAGAUGAAUGUUGGAUUGGUCUGAACUAUAAGAGAGUAAAGAAUUUACCAACUCUACUUCAAGAUGGAAUUGAUUUUUCAAAGUUAGGUUUUAGCGAAGCUACGGCUGAAUGCAACUAUUGGCUGUGCUCAGCACAAACGAACACGCCAUGCCACUACGACACCUACGGAUGCAACAUUGUAGUGCAAGUUUAUGGAAGAAAGUCAUGGCUGCUUUACCCUCCAAAAACACCGCUAACUUGCACGCGAAUACCAUAUGAGGAGUCUAGCAUUUAUUGUGAGGAAAACAUUUUUGCACCAAAUGCUGAAGAACUACAGCAGUUAUCUCAUUUCCAUAAUUCGGCUUACAGAUGUAUAUUAAAUCCAAAUGAUGUGCUCAUUGUACCCAAACACUGGUGGCAUUAUGUAGAGGCCAUGGACGUCUCAUUGAGCAUUAACUAUUGGAUCCCUUUGGAGAAUGACAUAGAAGAUCAAUUGAAAGAAUGUAUUGUUAAGAUUUUAGUUGAGCGUUUUGUGCUCUGCAGCAGUAAACACGAGCAAAACUUAAUACUUAAUCCCAAUCAAGUAGAUGAAAUACAAGGUGAUCCAGAAAUCUUUGAAAUUUUAAAUUAUUUGUAUGAAAACUCUAAACCUUAUUGUCCGAAACCAAAAUCCCAACGACUCAAUGUUACACGAUGCCGUUACCAGUGCUUAGAUGAAAAUGAGUGGCAAGAACUGGUAAAAGAACUACCGAAAGGAAUGGUGGAAUGUCUUACACUUAUGCCCAAAGAAGAGUAUGAGAGUUUGCUUGAUAAAAAUAGUCAGCGGCUUAAAUCGGGAAAAGAAACAACUGCAGUUCCUAAUAUUUUAAGUCACAUUAAAAAAGCAUUAAUAAACAGUGUUUGCGAUCCUCUCGUAAUAGAAAAUAUUAAGAGCGAGUUUCUGAAACGUUAUAAAUUGUGAACAACUACUGUUUUAUAUCAUUAUCGGUAAAACAAGCAGGACUGUUUAAAGAUUAACAUGAUGUUUUAAUUUAUUUUUUAUAAUUUUCAAAAGUCCAUAUAUUUAUAUA